CACGCAUGUCCCAUACAGCAGCAUAGAUCCAGCUUCAUAUCUUAUGAGCUCUCUUCCGUCUUCAUCAGUGAGUGUGUUCCCUCAGAGUCACUGAAAGGAGCUGAAUUCAGCUUUAACGCCCUCAUCCAUCCAUCAGCUACUCCGUCAGUAAGAGCUUUCAGUCAGCCCUGAUGUUGGUCAACAUGAAGACGUAUCCGGCCUUGCUGUGGAGCAUAUCGUUCAUGCUCUCUGUGGAGUCCAGGAGUGCCACUGCAUCCCCUCCAAGUGCAGACAGUGCCAACUCUACAAUCGCUGCUCAGUUCACGACGGAGAAAGGCACCACCAGCAGUCCAACCACAAAUCCACAGCAUGGUGACGCAGACCAGCAGCCCCAGCCCACACACCCAGAAAGAACACUCACAGAGACGCCGGGUCCCUCUGCAAAACCUGAAGGAAUCAGUGCUCCUACAACCCCUGAGAGCAUUGUGUCCUCCUCCACCAGGAGCGCCCAGAGUCCCAGUCCUGAUGCAGAUACCAGGAGCACUUCAGUAAGAACUACAACCAGCUCGGCUCUGACACAGGGUCAUGUUUCCACAGUCCCUCCAGCGCAGACAGCUGCAACACAGCAUCCCCACACUGAGAAUGUCACGGAACCAGAGAAACCCACCGGGCAUCCAUCACAACAACACACAGCCACAACUUCAGCUGACACGCCCGUCACAGUCUCUUCAACAGAGGCUGUUUCUUCAUUGCAGGGCAAGACUACCUUUACGUCUGAUGUCACACCCACAUUUUCCUCCACCACUCCAAAUUCUACUCCGAUUCAAUUCUCCCCCCAAGGAGUCAACAGUACCACAGCUGUAACACCAACCAGUACAACAGCUGGCCUUACCACAGGGAUGUUCCAUCACAGCCCCACAUCAGGACCUGCCACCAGAAAUGUGUCGUUCGCCACCCAUCCUCAGCACUCUUCCAGCACCUUCCAGCCCAUUUCUCCCACCAGCACACCGGUCUCCCCUUCAGACCUCUCCAAUGCAACAACACCUGGCUCCCCCACUGGGUCUCCGCCUACCACCUACCAUACUACCAUCUCAAACAUUUCUGAAAACGUCUCUACCACGGCUACGUCCAACACUUCAUCCGGGGGAGGUGUGAUCCAUAGAAUUCCCAAGAGGUUGCCAGAAAUGACAACUAAAUCACCCUCGACGACAACCACAGCGCCUCCGAAGGAAACGGGUCGGGACUCGGUGGUGAGCAAGUGCCUCAUUGCCAUCGCCGCGCUGGCUGGGAUGGCCACGUUCUUCAUGGUUACAACCAUUAUCCUCUGCACCAAACUGUCAUCAAGGAAGUACCACUACAGCGUGAGGGAUUCCCAGCAGGGGACUGAGAUGGUGUGUAUUUCUGCCCUGCUGUCUGACAGGAGCUGCCCCCAUCCAAGCCGCUACCAUCCAAUCAGUAAUGGAGUCCUGCUGCCCAGCACCGAGGGAGACAGCGAUGAGGACGGAGGAGAUAACCUCACUCUCAGCAGCUUCCUUCCAGACAGUGACCGCGUUUAGACGGAGUUAUCAUCAGCGUCAUUUUCAUCUUGUUAUGUUAGAUAUGCUUUCAUGAUCACUCCGAUUGGAUGUCACGACUCGCUGCUUCUUGUGUAGAUUCAUGCUUCCUCUUUGAUGCUGGUGGUUUUGCCUCGCUGCACACUCGAUUCCUGUGGGGGAAGAGGGACAGAAACCACAAGCAGAAGCCGGGUCAUCAAAUGCAUAUGUUAAACAAAGUAAAAACUCCUUCUUUUUUUUUUUUUUUCAAGAAUUUGAAUAUUGCCACUCUUGAAGGAUAGAUGGUGAAUUUAAGUCAGGAUGGGAAGAGUGAUCAAAGACAUUUUUUUAAAAAACAGAAAAAAAGAAGAGGAGCCUGAGCUGAAACCUGAUGGUAUUUCACUUAGCAACAGGAGACAGGAAGGAUUGUAUUUUCAAGGGCUGACAGUCCUUCAC